AUGAACUCCACGGACCACCUUCAGGACGCUCCCAACACCACCUUGCUCCACGUGCGUCACUCCCAUGGAGGAAACAGCACCACACUACAGGAGGGCCUCCAGGACCUCAUCCACACCGCCACCUUGGUAACCUGCACUUUUCUACUCGCAGUCAUCUUCUGCCUGGGCUCUUAUGGCAACUUCAUUGUCUUCUUGUCCUUCUUUGACCCAGCUUUCAGGAAAUUCAGAACCAACUUUGAUUUCAUGAUCCUGAACCUGUCCUUCUGUGACCUCUUCAUCUGUGGAGUGACAGCCCCCAUGUUCACCUUUGUGUUGUUCUUCAGCUCAGCCAGUAGUAUCCCAGAUGCUUUCUGCUUCACCUUCCAUCUCACCAGUUCAGGCUUCAUAAUCAUGUCCCUCAAGACCGUGGCAGUGAUUGCCCUGCACCGGCUCCGCAUGGUGUUGGGGAAGCAGCCCAAUCGCACAGCCUCCUUUCCCUGCACCCUGCUCCUCACUCUGCUUCUCUGGGCCACCAGUUUCACUCUUGCCACCUUGGGCACCCUGAAAACCAGCAAGUCCCACCUCUGCCUUCCCAUGUCCAGUCUGAUGGCCGGAGAAGGGAGAGCCAUUUUGUCUCUGUAUGUGAUCGACUUCACCUGUUGUGUCGCUGUGGUAUCUGUCUCUUACAUCAUGAUCGCUCAGACGCUGCGGAAAAAUGCUCAAGUCAGAAAGUGCCCCCCUGUGAUCACAGUAGAUGCUUCCAGACCACAGCCUUUCAUGGGGGCCCCUGGAAAGGGGGGUGGAGAUCCCAUCCAGUGCACCAUGCCGGCUCUCUACAGGAACCAGAAUUACAACAAACUGCAGCACGUUCAGACCCAUGGAUACACCAAGAGUCUUAACCAGAUGCCAACUCCGGGGGCCAGCCGGCUCCAGCUGGUCUCUGCUGUCAAUCUCUCCACGGCUAAGGAUUCCAAAGCGGUGGUCACCUGUGUGAUUAUCGUGCUCUCCGUCCUGGUGUGCUGUCUUCCACUGGGGAUUUCCUUAGUGCAGGUGGUCCUUUCCAGCAAUGGGAGCUUCAUCCUUUACCAGUUUGAACUCUUUGGAUUUACCCUUAUAUUUUUCAAAUCAGGAUUAAACCCUUUUAUAUAUUCUCGGAACAGCUCAGGGCUGAGGAGGAAAGUGCUCUGGUGCCUCCAGUACGUGGGCCUGGGUUUUUUCUGCUGCAAACAGAAGACUCGACUUCGAGCCAUGGGAAAGGGGAACCUGGAAAUCAACAGAAACAAAUCCUCCCAUCAUGAAACAAACUCUGCCUACAUGUUGUCUCCAAAGCCCCAGAAGAAAUUUGUGGACCAGGCUUGUGGCCCAAGUCAUUCAAAGGAAAGUGUGGUCAGUCCCAAGAUCUCUGCUGGACACCAGCACUACGGUCAGAGCAGCUCCACCCCCAUCAACACUCGGAUUGAACCCUACUACAGCAUUUACAACAGCAGCCCCUCCCAGGAGGAGAGCAGUCCGCAUAACUUGCAGCCAGUAAACUCUUUUGGAUUUGCUAGUUCAUAUAUUGCCAUGCACUAUCACACCACUAAUGAUUUAAUGCAAGAAUAUGACAGCACGUCGGCCAAGCAGAUUCCAGUGCCCUCUGUUUAG